UCUUGCCGGAAUAUGGAACCUUGAAAUGAGCAAAACACAUACGAUCCCGGACCGAUUUCUUAGGUCAUCCAUCAGCCAAUUCGCCGAAUUCGUGCGAUGCUUUCAAAUUGACCAAUCACGGAACAGUCUCUUGAUAUAUACCGACCACCAUCUUACAUCUUCUUCUCUACAACAAAACUCGGUCAGUCAACAACUAUAACACGCGUCGCUGGGUGUUCAAUAAGACAUCUAACCGCUUCCAAGUAAAGCAAUCGCCUUCCCUCAGCAUUUCCUCACAUCAAACUUCACAGAGAACCAAAACAAUGUCAUCCAAAUCUUCCAAGAUCACUUCUCCUUACUUUGCAAGAAACGACUCGACCGAACGAUCGACUCCAGACAGCGAUGAAAAGAACAACGAACCCUCUUCGAAUUUAAACCACAAUAACGUCUUCAUCCUCCCCAACCCACCACAAAUAACAGAAUUCCAACACCGCGUCUACACCCACCUCCUACUCAUCCCCUCAGGCCGCAUAACUUCCUACGCCAUCCUCGCCUCCCAACUACAUUCCUCGCCCAGAGCCGUGGGCGGUGCAUUGCGCAGAAACCCGUACGCGCCAAUGGUACCUUGUCAUCGAGUCAUCGCUGCCAAUGGAUUUGUGGGUGGUUUCAUGGGAGAUUGGCAAAAAGCGCCUAGUGGGGUAAACCAGAGUAGGAAACUUGAGUUGUUGGAGGAGGAAGGGGUGAGGUUUACGAGGGAAGGAAAGUUGAUUGAGAGGGAGGGGGUUUGGUUUGAUGGGCCUUGGGUAGAGUGGAAAGAUUAG